AUGAUAAAAAUAAAUAAUCUAAAUGAUAAAGAAUAUUUCACAUACCUCAAAAUUGUCAAGGAAACAUUAAUAUUUAUUCUUCCUAAUUUUGCAGAAUAUGAGGAACACUUCCAAUAAUUAAAAGUGAUAGUUGGAGAUAUUCGAAUAUUGAUUUUACAAUUGACAAAUUGGAUGAUUUUUUAUUACUCUGAUGUAAAGGGAGAACCUAAUUAAUUUAGUUUAAAUAUAAGCAAUACAUUAUAACCUUAAUUAUAAAAUUACUUUAUUCGUAAAAGUGAUCUAUAAGGAAUGCAAAUUUAUUUUAAGGAAUAAUAAUUAGAUAAAUUAGAAAAUCUGAUCAGAAACAGAAUAUUUUAGUAGUAAAAAGAAAAUGUUUUAGUGAGGAUAGUAGAAAAUCGAGAUAUGUCAAUUUUGAUAUAUAGUUAUUUGAAACGAAGAGAUAUGAUUAAUUUGGAAUUAAGUUGUUUUAAUAUUAGAGAUCUCUUCAUAGAGAACAAUUAUUGGUAUUAAUUGUAUAAGAGGAAAUAUGGUUUAACUGGAUUCAAAUUAGAUAGUUUUAGUUGGAAAAAUAAAUUUCUUUUGUAAAUGAAACCUUGA